AUGUCUGAUAUCCCUCAUCUUUCCAAUUUGGCUAUUAGCCUGAAGAACGGGGUAGCGGUUCUGAAAUACAAUCGACCUGAAGUAGGGAAUGCCCUUAGUGUUCCCAUGAUUGAGGAUAUCCUGUCCGGGUUUAAAUGGGCACAGGAUCAAGAUGAGGUCAGAGUUAUCCUACAGACGGGGGUAGGGAGGUUUUUUACGACUGGGCUGGACUUGAAGGACAAGUCUGUAACCGGGCCAGGCACCGUGAUUAGCGACGCGUUUCUGAACACAAUGAGAGAAUUGCAUAAAAUCAUGAUCAAUUCCAAUAAAGUUCUCGUUACCGCUGUCAACGGGCCUGCUCCUGGUUGGGGAACGACUAGCCUUGCUUUAGCCGAUCUUGUUUACGCCUCUCCAAAUGCCGUUUUCUUUACCCCUUUUGUGCAAUUAGGAAUCGCUGCUGAAGCGUGCUCGACCGUCACUUUCAGCAAAAUCAUGGGCCAUCAGAAGGCUGCAUCUCUCCUUCUCGCAGGUGAAAGGAUGACAGCUACUGAACUAGAAAACUUGGGAUUGGUUACGAAAGUUCUUCCCAAGGAAUGUUUUCUCGAGAAUGUGCUCAAAAUCUGUUAUCGAAUUGCGAGCCAACCACCCGAAGCUCUAGAGCUCAACAAAAAGCUUUUGAUGCGAAAUUCCAGACAGGAGUUGCUUAGUGCGAACGAAACAGAGCUUAAAUUCCUUAGGGAAAGGGCGCGAAGUCAUGAAAGCCGGUCGGCCGUCAACGUCUUCCUUUUGGAUCAAGGGCGCAAAAAGCAAGAGAAGACCGAGGCCAAAUUAUAG